GUUGUAUACUACAGGAUUAAAAAAAAGCUCAAAAAUGGGUCGUCUCCUAAUCCAAGGAAGAUCUCUCCUCUCAGCAAUAGUACUCCUGGGCCUGGCUGCGGUGAAGCAAGCCUCGGCCCAAAACUGCGGGUGCGCGGCUGACUUAUGCUGCAGCCAGUGGGGGUACUGCGGAACCGGGGACGACUACUGCGGCCGCGGCUGUCAGUCAGGGCCGUGCAACGCCCCGCCCAGCAGCAACGGCGUCUCGGUGGCGGACAUCGUGACCGACGCCUUCUUCAGCGGCAUCGCUGAUCAGGCAGCCAGCUCCUGCGCCGGCAAGGGCUUCUACACCCGCAGCGCCUUCCUCGACGCGCUCGCCUCAUACCCGGGGUUCGGCACCGUGGGGUCCACCGACGACUCCAGGAGGGAGAUCGCGGCCUUCUUCGCCCAUGUCACGCAUGAAACCGGACACAUGUGUUACAUCGAAGAGAUCGACGGUCCUUCUAAAGACUACUGCGACGAGACGAACACGCAAUACCCGUGUAACCCUAGCAAGGGCUACUACGGGCGAGGUCCGAUCCAAUUGUCCUGGAAUUUCAACUACGGCCCGGCCGGCAAUAGCAUUGGGUUUGAUGGUAUCAACAAUCCCGAGGCGGUGGCGACGGACCGAGUCAUUUCCUUUCGGACCGCUCUAUGGUAUUGGAUGAACAAUUGUCAUGACCUGAUUAACAGCCAAGGUUUUGGAGCCACAAUUAGAGCCAUUAACGGCCAACUUGAAUGUGAUGGAGGGAAUGCUGCCACCGUCACUGCCCGUGUAGGGUAUUAUACUGAUUAUUGCAACCAACUUCAGGUCGAUCCAGGCACCAAUCUCAGAUGUUAAUUUUAUGGAUUGUUUUUUAAAAUAUAUAAUCAUUUUCUCUAAAUAAUGUUUAAUUCUGUAUCAUGUUGCAUAACUCUAUCAAGUUUAUGUGCUAAAUAAUUUAGAUAUACUAUGUUGAUGGGGAGAUGAUCCACUUUUGUUUAUCUAAAUAUAUUUUUAUUGAGUGAUA